AUGAAUAGAAUGAAUAAUAAUAUGAAUAGAAUGAAGACUGAUAUAAAUAAUAGUUUAACAGCAAUAAAUAACUUACAGAAUAAUAUAACAACAGUACAUAAUGAUAUGAGGACAACAGCGAACAAUACCAAGGCAAAUUUUAAUAUUUUAAAUAAUAACUUAGAAACAACCCAUACAAACCACCAUCAAACUGCAUUAUCUCUCCAUUUCAACCAUCGCAACGUAAAAAUAAGAAAAGAUAACUGGGAUAAUAAUCAAAAUAUACAAAUGGGAUUGCACAAAACAGUGGAAGGACUUGGCAUUCAUCCUUGGUAUAAAGAUGGCUAUGAACAAAACAAUUUUGGACCUGCAAAUAUAGGAAGUGUACCAGUAGGAAUAGAUGAUCAAGAUCUUUUUAACAACCGAAAUCUCUCUGAGUUGGAAAUUUCUCAAUUGUCACAUUGGUACAACGAAACAUUUAAUAUAAAUGAAAAUGACAAUAGAGUACAAAUGAAUGAAAAAUUCAGAAAAUGGUUAACAGCAGUCAAUUUUACUCCACUUCAUCCACCUGUACAUAUUCAAAAACUUGUAGCACAAGUUAACCAUGCUAAUCAAGACCUUCCAGCUCCCAAUGCUCUUCCACCUUUACUAGCCAUUCCUGCCAUUCCAGCUAUUCCACCCACAGCUAUUCUAGCUAUUCCAGAUAUUCCACCCACUCCAGCCAUUCCAACCUUUCCAGCUUUCAAAGUUCUUCCUCUCCAGGCACCAGGUCCAACUCAUCAUGUCUUCAAGUCUUCUCUUUGA